CCAAAUCACCUUCGAGUUGACAAUUGGAGCGGACAUUCUUAAUGCCAUAGAUUUCCAGAGUAUUUCACAAGCUAACCGUCUCUUUUGACAAUCCAUUUCAUAUUGGUUGCGAUUCCAGGAGUAUUCAGUCAGCCAGAAUGCCGUCUCCCUUCUCAAAAUUGAAGCAAAUGGUCUGUAUUCCUGAGAAUCCGCAAGCUCAAACAAGUGAUCUCCCGCUGGGGUCAACCGCUCAAUCGGAUUCUUUGGUCAAGAAAGACGGUCGUGGUCGACAAGGCUCCGCCGACUCCAACAUGUCUGGGUCAGUCGACGAGACUACAAGAUCCAAACGAGUUGUCAAUGUUCUCAGAGCCUUCAACCUCAGCAAUUUGAAGACAGUUAAAGAUGUCGCGCUCGUGGGAGUCGAGGGCGAGCCAAUCGACGACAAAACCUAUCUUAUGGAACGCAUCGUUCAACUCGCCGCAGACCUGCCCGUGACCAGCAGAACAAGCGCAACUUUAACCAAUGCCUUUCUGAACGUGCUAUGGACUGAUCUUCAACACCCUCCUCAAUCUUAUCUAGGCCACAAGUUCAUAUUUCGCAAUGCAGAUGGAUCGGGGAACAAUAUUCUAUGGCCUCACCUCGGUGCUGCGGGGCAACCUUAUGCUCGUACAGUUCGCCCACAGUUCUUACAGCCUGUGGCUCGUCCAGAUCCUGGGAUCAUCUUCGACAGUAUUCUAGCUCGCCAGAGAUUCGAACCCCAUCCCAAUAAAAUCUCAAGCGUGCUGUUCUACGUCGCCACCAUCAUCAUUCACGAUAUUUUUCAUACUAGCCAUGACGAUUAUAACAUCUCAGAGGUGGACUCUUAUCUUGAUUUGGCGCCACUCUAUGGUAGCUCUGAUGAGCAACAAAAAGCAGUCCGGACAAUGGAGAAUGGGAAGCUAAAGCCGGAUUGCUUCUCAGACAUCAGGGUUUUUGGAUUUCCGCCAGGAGUGGGUGUCCUUCUCAUAAUGUUCAAUCGGUUCCACAAUCGCAUUGCCGAAGACCUAGCUCUCAUCGAUGAAGGUGGGCGCUUCUCGAAGAUCCUGCACUCGCCUAGGCAUUCCAAGGACCAUUCGGAACCGAGAAAAGACUAUGAUGAGGCCCUUUUUCAGACUGCCAGACUGAUUACCACUGGGUUGUACAUCAACAUUAUUAUGAGGGACUAUGUGAGAACCAUUCUCAACUUGAAUCGAGUCGACAGUGCUUGGAAUCUCGACCCAAGGUCGGAUGAGGGAAAGGCCAUCUUUGGCCACAAAAUUCCUGAAGCUACUGGAAACUCAGUGUCAGCGGAAUUUAAUCUUGUGUAUCGCUGGCACUCAUGCGUUUCGCAACGAGAUGAAGAAUGGACAAAAGAGGUUUAUCACAAACUAUUCGGAGAAGCCAAACCUACCAAUAUGGGUGAAUUCCUUUCCAAGCUCAACAAAUGGACACAAAGUCUGAGUCAAGACCCUCUUCAACGACCAUUCGCUGACCUCAAACGCUCAUCUGACGGCACAUAUUCUGACGAGGACUUGUCAGCCAUCUGGACCAAUGCAGUCUCUGACGUGGCUGGGAGGUAUGGUGCAAGUCAUGUACCUCCGAUCCUCAAAAACGUAGAGAUUCUAGGGAUAAUACAGAGUCGGUCAUGGAACUUGGCCAGUCUCAAUGAAUUCCGACAAUACUUUAAACUCAAGCCUUAUGAGAAAUUUGAGGACAUCAAUCCUGACCCUUACAUUGCAGAGCAACUCCAGCGUCUGUACGGCCACCCGGACAAUGUCGAGAUUUAUCCUGGGGUGGUAGUGGAAGCCGCCAAAGAAGCCAAGCAACCUGGCAGCGGGCUUUGUGCCAAUUUUACGACCUCAAGGGCCAUACUCUCUGACGCUGUGGCACUAGUGAGAGGUGACAGAUUUUACACGGUCGACUAUACUCCUGCAAAUCUCACAAAUUAUGGAUUCACCCGAGCCGAUUCAGAUCCUUCCAUAGAUUAUGGCUGCGUCAUGUACAAGCUCGUUCUGAAUGCUUUGCCGAGUAGCUAUCGAAGAGAUUCUAUAUAUGCACACUACCCCUUGGUGGUUCCUGAAGAGAACAAGGCUAUCCUUACCAGUUUGAAAAAGGCACAUCUGUACAAUUUCGACAAGCCAGUCCAUGUGAAUACGCCCACCAGAUUGACAAGUUUUGGCGCUUAUAAGCUGAUGAUGAGCGACGUGGAUGUCUUCCGGUCUACAUGGCACCCUGAAACUUUCAUGGUCGGCCGUCGUAUUGGGUGGAUCUCCAAGCAAUCGCCCAUUUUGGCAAAUACCCUUCUGGAAUCUGAUGGCCUUGCGGAAGUCACCAAGAAGUUCUAUUCAAAUGUCAUUGUUCGACUUAUCAGGGACGAGGCUUACGAGCUUGCGGGACGACAACAAGUUGACAUUGUACGUGAUGUCUUCAAUAAAGCACAUUUACGAUUUAUUUCGGACAUAUUUCACAUGCCCUCUAACGACCUAGAUCUCUUGCUUUCCUCUGUAUACACCUGUUUCAGCACAACACAAGAUUCUGCUUACCAGUUUGCCACAUGUGCGAAGCUGCAGAAGACCCUUCGCCACCUUGCUGAGUCUCUGCAAUGUCGCGUUGAGACUGUCAGGACCAGCAAUGCUGGAUUACAUUCACAUUCCGCUAGUGACCUUGAAAACUACAUGACCACAGCAAUUCGAGCGUGUAUCCAUAUGGGGAUGCCAUUUGAACAAAUCGUAUGGGACGAAGUCAUCCCUGCUGCUGCCGCCCUCUAUGUGAAUCUUUCACGGCACUUCGCUGAAGCUUUGAACUAUCUUCUUGGACAAGACCAGGAGAAAUUCUCCGAGAUUCCACAAGACAAGAUUCGUGAAUCUGUCAAAGAGGCGAUGAACAAGCUCUCCCCUACGACAUUCGUCAGGGAAGCGUUGACUUCAUUCUCCCUGGAGGACGGAGGCCACCAAGUUGAGAUUUCUCCGAGACAACAUGUCAUCUGCGUCGUAGAGCACGAGGACAUUUCACCAGCUGAGUUAGGAGGGGAAGCAGGCCUAUGUCAACUACUGGGUGAUUCGGCGUUUUCUGCCGCUCUCGAAGUCAUGACUCAGCUACAGGGAUUGAGACGAGCAGAUGGCCUGGUUGGAGAGCUCCGAACCCUACGGAGGAACGACUUGAUCACGUAUCUCAACAAGGAGGAGAGUAUGAGCUUCCCACAUCCUUUGUCGAUGAAGAUCGACUGGCAGAAACAUAUGAUGCCAGAAAAUCGCGUCUAGGUCAAUCCAAUAUUAAAUCUAUCAUGGGUACUCGGAGGCUGCGAUGAUGUCUAAGACUUGCAGGGUUUUGAUCGUCGACGUUCGCUAGCCUAGAUGUGCGAGACAAUGAAAGACUUGGUGCCCUUGGGUUCUUGGGCCGAUGGUAGUGGCAUGCCAAAAGAGUGAUGUGAGAGGGGAAGGCAGCCUUCUAUUGAAGGUCACUUGGUAUGAGAAUAACAGGCAGCAGCACUCCGUAAAAG